CGCUACCGAUAUUUUCAGUGUUAACUUGCAACAGACGCCAGACCCGCAUAUUUCCACAUCGAAUAACUGCAUAAUGACAAAGUUAGUGUGCCGCACGCGUGUUUCACCAACCAUUAGAUAAGACAGUCAGUAAAUAUUAAACCACUACAUUAGCAGUAGUAAGUAAAUAAAAGACAGCGGGUGUGUACUCGAAUAAAAUAAAACCGCAAGAUAGAAUGGAAAAGCAUAGUAAAACCAUUUGAGGUUCUAAGCCUUAAGUGGUUUUUCCAGGCAGCAAAAUAGCAGAGGCCUAUGAAGCUCAGUUUUUUUGGCAGGUAUGUUUUCCGAACCGCUACUGGCGCACAUACUUCAGUGAUACUUGAUAUUCUACAUCUGCAUCGCAAGGCAAAUUACCUUUAUUGGAACCCAAGGUGAAUUUGGUCUACUAAUCCGAGAAUAUGGGCCCGGUAAAGGCAAGAAGCAUUCCAAUGCUAGGCUUGAUUAUUACCACGAUCGUCCUCUCAGGCUGUGGUGUGCUAUGGACGGCCUGCAGUGCACAGACUACGCCACAAGAAUCGCCAGAACUGUUGGUCCGUCUGAGAGAGCACUUCUGCACAGAUGCCGAUGCAAGUUCAUGUAAGGUCCAGGGAGAUACCAUUUGUGCCGGACUUUGCACUACUGAUCUAGAUCAGUGGUUCUCUUGCGCCACUACGCUCUCCGUCACAGCUCCGGAAUUAUGCAGGGACACGAAUCAAGUUCUGCAAUGUCCCUACAGCGAUGGCAUAUUAUGCUUGUAUGAGGAUGGACGAGGUCUGUGCGUGUACUCCUUAGCAACACAACCGUUUUGCAUCUGUGGCGAGGGAGAUGAAAUUUUCACUUCCCCGAUUGCUUCAGACAGUCUCAUUCCAAGCCAAUGUCUCCCCCCAGAUGAGACGAUUGACGAACCUUCUACUGAACCCACCCAAAACGAACAAACUACGCUGACAUCACAAACUCCUUCGACGAUGCCUGACGGUCAGCCCAGUACACCGGUACAGCCCGACGCACCAGGCACCAAGGCACCAGGCUUUGUGCACACCCCGGCCGCGGUAGACGGACACGCUACCAUUCAGCUUCCAGCUUCAGUUACAACCGCCGCUCCCUCCACGACACCAGAAACUUCCACCGACGUGACAGUCAUCGUGGUAGUAAUCGUCCUGGUCAUACUGCUCCUGUUGAUCCUUCUUUUGGUGUUCCUCUGGCGCAGUGGAAAACUGGCAAAGCUGUUUAAAAAGCCUUCGAAUGAAAGUUAUACACCAGGCGUUCCGAUGAACUAGAUUCUAAGAGAGAGCGAGAUAUCCUUCCCGUAUCAUCGCUGCCUAGCCAUUGACUAGAGGGAUGCCAUGAGCUUAAUGUAUGCAUGGUGGAGUAGAGAAGCGUGCAUGAUGAAGACCAUCAAGAAGAUUACAUGGACGAAAUGUACAACAAACAAGUGACUGACCGCACCUUGAUAGAUGAACGGGUGCCCACAUCGGAGAAAUGUGCAGGGUUACGACUCUCUUACAUUUUCUACCAGCAAUAAAUGAAAACGCUCUUAAUAAAAAGGAAAGUACACAUCAAAUAUUUGUGUCUAAGUGCCGAUAUUAUCGGUCGCUGGUUUGACUUGAGUAUGUAAUUCUACAAUCUUUUUCAUAAGUUUCAAAUUAAAUCUAACUUUUUUUUGGCAAUACAAAGUAUGAAUAGCAUGCACAUAAUAAAGAGCAACGUAGGCCUAUGUGGAGGUGUUUACACAUUAUAAAGAACAACAUAGGCCUAUGUGGAGGUGUUUACGUAUAUAUUUUUUACCAUUGCUUAUGGACUGAAUUGCUAUCUUUAUUUAUAGUGAAAUAUAAAUACACUGCAUUCUGAAAUGUUUUUUUCUCAUCAAACUGAGUAACGUAUAGAACUGUAAUCUGUAUAGUGAAUCUGUUUCAUGUUGGGCAAUACCAGACUUGAUUCUGUUAUGAGGCACUCCAUAUCCAUGAAAAUGAGAACACAUUCGGGUGAUAUUUUUGUCUGUGAUAACGUAUAUUAGUGUUAAAGGUAUACCUGUGCGCCAUACUCUCCGGAGGGUGGAACCCCCCUAAAAAAAGGAAUCGGUAUAAGGUAAUAUUGGGCUUCAGAUUAUACAGAAAGCUUAGGUCCUCUCUAUUACAUUCAUUUUCAUAAAUCUUCAAGGGUACCUUUUGUUUGUUUCAAUACAAAUUUCAAAAAUGAAGUUUUACGUCUCAGUUAGCCUUAUUUCCAUCUUUUGUUUCACUAUUCCAAACGGCAUUUUACUGCCUUUUUGGUUCUUUAUGCU